AUGGAGCUCGCAGCCAUCAGUUCCGACAGAACCGUGUCGUCCACAACACCACCCGACACCACUUCCUCUACAGGUUCACCAUCGACUAAGCAGCACUUUCUAAACCCAUUGACAAUCGUGGUGCUAGGCAGGUCAUCCCACGCGUCCGCGAUCCAACCCACAACUGUCGCCCUCGACGGUGGCUGGAGCUUGAAGGUCAAGCCAAUUCUGCCGCAUACGGCACUUCAGCGGGCGGUUCCACGCGACGUCGGCAGGUUGGCAGAUCCACGUGUAUCUUGGUGGGAUUCGCUCCAGCAGGACAUUGAUCUCUUUUGCGUAGGCCACGACGUCGUCCCAGAGCAAGAGGACCUUCUUGGUGGUGCGGUCGGCACGCUGCCCAAAAGCAGCUUUUUUCUUGGCAAUUCCAUCUCCAUGAUGCCAGUCCAACCCCCACCGCCGCUGAUCUAUCUCCCCAUCAAACCCGCCCGCCCCCCCGACGAACCGGCUGGCUAG